AUGACCUUGUUCCCCACCAAGUUUGAAAAUGGGAAGAUUGAGUACAAGAUAAGGUACAAGGGGAGAUCAAGGCCAUUCUCUAGAGCCAAGGCCUUGACUUCAGAACAGUCCAGGGACCCAACCAAGCUAAAGGAGCUUCUGUCUCAAGUGACAAGAAGCCAGCUCGACCGACAGCUCGAUCGAGCUAGAAACAAGGGCAACUCGAUCGAGUUCCACAACUCGACCGAGAAAAGGAGUUAUAGCCAAAAGAGUGAAGACUGUCCCGGCUCUAUCGAGAACCGCGCCAAGCCGUGCAGAGCGGCCGGCCGAGGAAACGAAGUUCGGCCAAAGUUCGAUUCAUCCGGCCGAUCACGCAUCACGACCCGGGAAACAAUGUCCCGCGGUCGGCCAACCACACCACUCACGACAGCCGCGCACGACCACGCCGCGCGAGCCGGGAAGCAACGCCUCGCGGCCGCGCGACGUAACUCACGUACCACGGCCGAUGCGCCGUCCGAGCCGGGAAGCCACGUCCCGCGUCCGGCCGAGAAACAUCGGCCAAUCCUUCACCCGUCCGACCACGCCGGCCGACCGAGAAAUCAUCCGGCCACGACCGUUCCGAUCGACCACGACCCGACUGUCCGGCCGACCGUCCCGACCGACCGUCCGAACGCCGCGGUCGACCCGAAGCCGUUUUUGAAGCCCAAUCCGCACAAUUCAAGCCCAAAGCCGGCGCCGACUAGCUAG